CGAUUCCUGCAUCCGCUCUUCGCCCGAUUUGCUCACCGUCCUCCUCAAGAAAGGUUGCUACCAUGGCGGUCGCUUCCCCUUCCUCCCCCCAAACCCUAGACCCUAACGCCGACAGUUCCGACGCUGGAAACGUCCCUUCCUCGGCCCCCGCCGAUCCCUCCUCCGCACCUCCUCGCGCUCCCGGAGAAACCCCCGCCUCGAAUCCGUCCAACCCCAUCCCUAGCCCCUCCCCCGUGGCUCCUCCGCCGCCGGCGGUCCCGUCCUUCGCGCCGUCCUUCCGGCCCCUGGGCGCCCCUCCCGUCCCUCAUUACUCCGCGGUCCCGAAUCCGAUGGCGCAGAACCCUACUUUCCAGGCUCCUGGCAUCCAGCCGCCGGGGGUCCCAGCCCCGGCCUUGAUGAUGCCUCCCGGUGCAGCGAGCGGAGGGCUGCCAGCUCGGCCAGGUGUUCCUUACCAGGUGCACGGCCAGCCUCCGGGGGCGGCGCCUAUGCCCUACGGUCAAGUCGGAAAUGGUUAUAUGGCGAUGCCUACACCACAGGGUCCGAUGGGGAUGCCUCCUCCGGAUAUUUUCUGCUAUUCUGCAGGAAUGCCCCGGUACCCUGCACCUUACCCAACAAUGAUUCGUCCUGGAUUUCCUCCACGUCCAAUUCCACCAGCCGGCGUGAUUCCACAAAUACCAAGGCCUCCUAUUCCAAGUAUUCGUGGUGUACCACCUGUAGUAACUCCUAUUAUCCGGCCCUUUAUACCUAUUGUUGCACCUGCAGAGAAGCCACAAACCACUGUUUAUGUUGGCAAGAUUGCUUCCACAGUAGAAAAUGAAUUUCUCCUUUCAAUUCUCACGCUUUGUGGACCUGUGAAGAGUUGGAAACGUGCUCAAGAUCCUUCUGAUGGUACUCCUAAAGGUUUUGGAUUUUGCGAAUUUGAGUCUGCUGAAGGAGUUCUUCGUUCAUUACGCUUGCUUAGUAAAUUGAACAUUGAUGGGCAAGAAUUGGUGCUGAAUAUAAACCAAGCCACCAGGGAAUAUCUUGAGCGAUAUGUUGAAAAGAAAAGGGAGAAGAUUAAAGAAGCAGAAACUGGAGGUCCUACAAAGGAAAGUAAUAGUAAAGAAGGUUCUGAAACACAAGAUCCUGCAAAACCAGUUGAAGAAGGAACCAAGAAAGAUUCAGAAGAUUCUGGGGAUAACGAAAACCAGGAUAGCAGCAAGAAAUUUGGUAUCGUCACAGAUGAAGACCGUGAGGCUGACAGAGAAGCUCUAGAGAAGCUAACAAAUAUGAUAGAGGAGAGAUUAAAGAACAAACCAUUGCCUCCCCCGCCUAUAGAUGGGUCUGCUAAGUCGACAUGUGAAGUAGGUUCCAAAUCGAGGGAUGGGGAUUCUGAUAUUGAUGUUGUCAGAAGUGAUGCUGCUGAAGAUAAAAAUGAUGAUGAAACCACAAGUGAAAACAAGCCUGGAACUGAAAGUGACAAGCCUGAAACCAGUUCACCUGAUAAAUCCAGGAGGCAUGAUAGGAGCAGAGAAAGAGAUAGAGAGCGUGACUUGAAACGGGAUAAGGAAAGGGAGCUAGAGAGAGUUGAGCGAGAACGAGAAAGAGAGAGAGUUAGAAGGGAGAGGGAAAGGGAAUUGAAGGUAAGGGAGGCUGAGCGAUUGUACAAGGACCGUCUGAAGGAGUGGGAAUCUAGAGAGCGAGAAAAAGAGUACCAGCGUCAGUAUGAGAAGGAACGGGAGAAGGAAAGAGAACGGGAACGUCGGAGAGAGAUUUUGAGGCAGGAAGAGGAAAGUAGUGGUGAUGACGAUGAUGACUCAAGGAAAAGAAGACGCAGGAGUGUUAUACUUGAGGAGAGAAGGAGAAAGAGGCAGCGGGAGAAGGAAGAGGAUUUGGAUGAUAGAUCGAAAGAAGAGGAGGAAAUUGCUGAGGCUAAGAGGAGGGCAUUGGAGGAGCAGCAAUUAAAACUUGACUCAAGGUCUCCUGAUCAGAUGAUUAUUGAGGAUGAAAAUCCUAUUGUGCAAGAAGAAGAGAAUUUUGUUGAAAUAAAGCAAAUUGCUUCAGUCCAAGCUACUGAGGUUUCUGGAAACACUAUUAAUAAUGAUGGAAUUUUUAGAAACAGCAGUGCUGAUGACCUUAAUAUGGUGCCAGUUGCAACCUCAGACACCAAGCAGAACAACAAUAUUCCAGCUCGGAAACUUGGGUUUGGUCUAAUAGGCUCAGGAAAACGAACAACUGUUCCCUCUGUUUUCCAUGAGGAGGAUGAUGAGGAUGUGGAUGAGAAAAAAAUGAGACCACUUGUGCCAAUUGAUUACUCCACCGAGGAACUACAGGCUGUCCAGAUAAAUGCAUCUGCACCACAACCAAAUUUGGUGGCUGCUUCUGAAUUCGCAAAGCGCAUCUCUGGUGUCAACCCAAAAGAGGAGAAGUCUGAUGUGGAUAGGGAAAGAAAUAGACGUUCUAGUGACAAACUGAGCCUGAGAGAGCGAGAUCGUAAUGAUGAUGACAGUAGUCGUUUCAAAGAUGAAAGCAGGGAGAAGAUGCAUGAAAAGAAUGUUGAUCGGGAAAAGGGUCGAGAAGAUAAGCAAAAAACUGAAAACAAGAAGCUUUUGGAUGCGAAGCAGUUGAUCGACAUGAUCCCGAAGACUAAGGAAGAGCUGUUUGUCUAUGAAAUUAAUUGGGAUGUGUACGACAAGCAUGAGUUGCAUGAGAGGAUGAGACCAUGGAUUUCAAAGAAGAUAACCGAGUUUCUUGGAGAGGAGGAAGCUACUUUGGUGGACUAUAUUGUUUCUUGUAUCAAAGAUCACAUACAAGCAUCGACAAUGCUAGAAAUGCUUCAGUCUAUUCUGGAUGACGAGGCAGAAAUGUUCGUCCUCAAAAUGUGGAGAAUGUUGAUAUUCGAAAUCAAGAAAGUCGAAACCGGUUUAUCUGUGAAAUCAAAAUCCUAGGCUGCAGGUUAUAUCUCUCUCAGUUUCGUAAAUUGUUAAUGUUUGUCAAAUCUUCUUCAGUAGCCUUAGAUUCUGUGUCUGUAGACAACAAUAUUCUCCGAGUUAUUGCGUAUCCGGUACUAAUCACUUUGUACGGCAAUCAAACAAGGAUUUAUGCCUCUAAUUAAAAGGGGUUUUCAUUUUUUUUC